UCAUAAUGCCCAGCCGUGCACACCGCUACAUUUGCAGCUAAUCAGGAGCGCGCAGUUGCAGAAAGGAGCGCGGUUGCCAAGGCAGCCACCAAUCUCCCCUCCCCCUUUUCUGCCUCCGUUCCUCUUUCCCGUUUAUUAUCAGCAGAGGUCGCAUGGCAGAGAGGGAAGUCCGCGCACUUCUGUACUGGAACCACUGCGAGAAUAUGCAGGUCCAUGAGGAGUGCUGAGUUGUGCGCUUAUCCCGCGUAAAAACUACUUGGAAAAACGCACGGAUAUCAAUUUGGAAGGACGCUUUUGUUUGUUUUGGUUCCGCGGGGAGAGUUUUGCCAGCACGUGCUUGUCUGGGGCAUUUGUAUGUGUUUCUUUUUUUUUUUUUUUUUCUUUCUUGGAGUAAGUGUUUGACAAAUUGGCAUCCUUGUCUCUUCGCUCGCAUCUCCAGAGUUGUUGGAAGUUCGGAGAGUGGAUGUUGAGAAGGAGAGCGCGCGCCGAGUAACAGCCAGCUUCUUUUUAUUUAUUUUUUUUUUUAUUUUUUUUACCCCCGCGGCUUGUUUGUCAAACUGUAUCGAGUCCAGGACGCGCGGAGAAGUGUGGUUUCAUGCCUUCAGUGUCGCUCCGCCUGAGAUGGACGUGAGGUUUUACCCUGCUCCCCCGGCCAAUGUGGGUUCAUGCACUCUACCGACUGACCCAAGUUGUCUGAGCUCGUUGGACUAUUACCACCCAAGCAAGGCUCGGCACACUGCGAGGCUGCACCCUGACCCCGCCUCCUCCUCCGCCAUCAGCCCCGCUAGGAAAAGACUGGCCGCUGCUUUGUUUGAUGGUGACAACAUGUACAUGAAUGACAAUAACCAGGAGUUUCGGUCGCCAAACCAGAGUUACUCGAGUCAGGGCAGAGGCAGCGGAGGAGGCGCAGGAGACGAGGACUACGAGAUCCCCCCCAUCACCCCGCCAAACCACGCCGACCCCUCCCUCCUCCACCUCAUGGAGCACGAGCCGGGGUAUCCGUUCCACUCCCUGCCCCACAACGGCCUCCUCAACUCGUACUCCUACCCCGAGCUGCCCGCCCUCAUGAUGUCCAACAUGCUGAGCCAGGACUCCCACCUCCUCUCAGGACCCAUGCACUCAAUAAACAGCGAGAAGAGGGGCGCUGCCGACAUGAUGAAGCCCAAACCCAAACCUCAGAAGAAGAAGAAGAAGAAGGACCCCAACGAGCCGCAGAAACCCGUGUCUGCGUACGCGCUCUUCUUCAGGGACACUCAGGCCGCCAUCAAAGGACAGAACCCCAACGCCACCUUCGGAGAUGUGUCCAAGAUCGUGGCGUCGAUGUGGGACAGCCUCGGGGAGGAGCAGAAGCAGGGCUACAAGAGGAAAACAGAGGCUGCCAAGAAGGAGUACCUGAAAGCACUGGCCGCGUACCGAGCCAGUCUGGUUUCCAAGACUUACAACGACCCAGAACCAAAAAGUGCCCAGCAGACGAGCCAGUCGUCCCACCUGUUGCCCCCGAAGCAGCCCCUGUACAGCGUGCCCCCUCAGCCCUCCUCUCCGUACCUGGGACCCCCCGGCUCCUUCCCCCUGUCCGAGCUGCAGAGCUACGGUCCUCGCCACAGCCUGGCCCCCGCCCUGAGCCAGUCCCAGAUGCUGCCCCCCAGCAUGAGUGCCUCUCCCCCCACCUCCUUCCAGAUCAGCCCCCCGCUGCACCCCCACGCCCAGCUCUCCCUGCACCAGAGCUCCCUGCUCAACCAGCCAAUCCGGAUGCAGCAGUCGCAGCCAAUCAUCUCGCACCAAAUGGGUCUGCAGCCGCCCCUGCACUCGCCCCCCCUCGGUCAGCAGGGAUUCUCCCACCUGCCUCCGGAUUAUCAGAACAGUGUGGGUGGGUCCCAGUCUCCAGGAGCCCCCGCCCCGGGACAUGGACCAAACCCGGACUGGGACGGAGAGUACUGCAACAGGGACUGCGGGCCCAACCACUGCGGCAGUGGGAUGAGCGCCCGGGACAAGCCUCUCUACCUCACUUGAAUUCGAAAAACCUCCAAAAGUCUGACUCCAGGGAGCUUUCCAACAUCAUCGGCCUCGACACCAUUUUGUUCUGUGUUUUUUUUCUU